AAUGCUAAAAUUUCUCAACAUUUAUAAAGUUCUACAAAGAAGGGACAUGGAGAUAACUUUUUUUUUUUUUACCAUUAUUAAUGCAGAUUUCAGUCUCUUUUACCAAUGAAAAUACUAAGCUCUUAUUUUCUUUAGUAAAUAUGAGAUUUAGGUUUGAAAUAUAAUUUAGUAAUAAAGGAUUCAUAGCUAAAAUACUCGUGUUUUCUUGAGGAAAAAUUUCAGCUUUUUGCAUCACAAAAAUUUGAAAUGAUUUUAAGGCAGCGCAAAACUUCUUUGAUCAAAAGCAUUAUUGGAUUCUGUUUCAUUCUUCUAUCCAUUUUAGCACUAACAAUUCAAUGGAUGAAUAUGUCUACCGAUACAGGAUCCGUGCAGAAGAGUAAUAAAGUUGAUCUAUUCGCUGAAGUAUCUUGCUCGAUAAAAUGUCCGCGAGCUUCACCAAACAAGCUUGAAUUCAGCUCAUCAUCAUCGGAGUCGUGCCCUGAAUACUUUAGAUGGAUUCACGAAGAUUUAAGGCCAUGGAAGGAGACAGGGAUAACGCGAGAAAUGGUAGAAAGGGCGCGAAAAGUGGCCCAUAUUAGAAUAGUCAUAGUAGAUGGAAGAGUAUAUUUUGAGAAGUAUAAACAAACUUUCCAAAAAAGGGACGUGGUCACAUUGUGGGGGAUAUUGCAACUUCUUAAAUUUUACCCUGGCAUGCUGCCUGAUUUGGAUUUCGUUUUCGAGUGUGGUGAUCAACCUGUAACACAAAGAAGUGAUUAUGAAAAUUCAAAGGACACAGUUCCACCACCAUUGUUUCGUUACUGUGGAAAGCACUCGAGUUUCGACAUUGUUUUCCCUGAUUGGUCCUUUUGGGGUUGGCCAGAACUCAACAUGAGGCCAUGGGAUGAAUUGAAAAAAGAAUUGCAGCAAAGUAAUGAGCUGAUUAAGUGGACAGAAAGAGUGCCUUAUGCUUACUGGAAAGGGAAUGUAGUUUUAGGCGAAGCAAGACGUGACCUUCUGAAGUGCAAUGUCUCUAAGAAGCAGGACUGGAAUGCUCGAAUUUAUGGCUUGCAAUGGGGUCUCGAAAGCAGUCAAGGCUAUAAAACUUCAGCUUUGGCCACUCAGUGCACUCAUAGGUACAAGAUUUAUGUUGAAGGGCUAGCAUGGUCAGUGAGUCAAAAGUACAUUUUAGCAUGUGAUUCCAUGGCUCUGAGCAUAAAUCCCCACUUCUAUGAUUUCUUCACAAGGAGUUUGCUGCCAACAGUUCAUUACUGGCCAAUAAAUGAGAAGAACAAAUGCAAGUCCAUCAAGUUUGCAGUAGACUGGGGCAAUAAGAAUGCAAAAAAGGCACAAGAAAUUGGAAAAGCAGGUAGCAAAUUUGUAUAUGAGGAUCUCGAAAUGAAGUACAUUUACGACUACAUGUUUCAUCUCUUGUCUGAAUAUGCCAAGCUUUUGAAAUAUCGACCCACUGUGCCUAGAGAUGCUGUUGAAGUAUGCUCCGACACUUUGAUUUGCUCGACAAAAGGAAUAAGAAAGAAGUACAGGGUACAUUCCAUGGUUCAUAAUGUUUCGUCUUCAAAGCCAUGCACCAUGCCCCCUCCCUGGAGCCCCGCGGAUCUUCAAGACUUUAUCGAGAGAAAAGAGAAUCUCACAAAGCAAGUUGAACUGUGGGAAGAAACUCAAAGUUUUUGAAACUUUCCACAUCACGGACAUAGUAUUUGCUUAAGUAGCUGUCUUUGUUUCCGUUUUGAAGAUGUUUCUUAAAUUCGGAAGUGAAAAAAAAAAAACACUUCUGAAGAAGCACUGUAAAUCAGUUCUCCUCAAGAUAUAGUAUAUGGCAGAAAAUUAUUCUUCUUUGUUAACAA